UUUUUUGUAUCAAUGUCAAACUAUAUAAAGCCAUCAUAAAACACACAAUUAUUUAAUUUUAAAACUGAAAUUUAAAACAUAAAGCAUGUCUAAAGGAUACGAAUUAUUUAUCUGCGCAUUAGUUCUACUAGGAACUUUUCUGGUGUCAGCCAAUGGUACUUGCAUUCCUGGACAAGUUCAAAAUAUACAACUUUUACCCAAUUUUACUCUAACAUGGAAUGCAGCACUAAAUCCAAACAAUUGUAAAAUUACCAAAUAUUACGUCAAUAUAUUUGACACUGUUGAUGAAAGCGACUUGCAAUAUGAGGUUGCGAAUACGUUAAGUCUGGAUGUGUCCUUCCUAGAUAGUUGCACGUAUUAUGGAUUUGAAGUUCACGCUUUUACAAAUGAAUCGGAUCUUGGACCCUCUUAUAGAGAGUUUGCUAAAACUUCCCUUCCUGCUGAGGCAAAUCUUAAUAUCAGCGAUUUGAAUACAGUAACAGUGAGCCAGGCGUCUAUCCAAAUAGACUGGAAACUAGGUUCCCCCAAGCUAGAUAAAUGCAUUUCCUAUUAUAGAGUUUCUUAUUGGGAUGAAACAAAUCAUACCACAACUACCUACGUCAAUACAAAGCAAUUUUUAGUGUCAGGAAAUAUUCCUGCUUGCAUGAACUAUACCUUCCAAGUCAGCGCUAUUAUCACUGAUUCAAAUCUUCAAGGACCUAUUUUUCAGUUAUCUAAUGUGGCAUUUACUGAAGUGCCGACAGAACCAAAUUUAUUUUCUGUACUGACAACGAAUAGUUCAGCACAAAUGGUGUGGCAGCUAGAACCAUAUGCAGCCAAUCGUUGCAAUAUGCUAUAUCUUAAUGCAACAACAGCAGGGGUUCCAGCCAAUGAUUCCUAUAUAACGGUUCCAAUAACAGACAAUGAAAGCAGACCCAAUGUUAUAUUGAAUAUUACAGGACUUCAGCCCAAUACUAAUUACCUAAGCGAAGUCAGCGUUGUGAAUAUUGGUGGGGCAUCCAAUAAUGUUAGUGUAACUUUCCAAACUAAUAAAUAGUUUUUCUUAUUUUUUUUCAUGUUCUAUAAAUAUAUGUUUAACAUGAC